AUGACAGCUCACCCGACGCAAAAUGAUUUUGGUGUUUUUGAACGGCCACUCUACGGGCAACUAUACUUUUUAGAUCCUGAUGAAGCCGUUAAUGAAAGAGUUAACCAUCCACUUAAUUCUGGAAUUACUACUUCAAUGAUGAAGUUAUUGGAAUUCAUCAUUCGAGCGCAUAAUCGCUAUGUACAGGGAUAUAUAAUGAUGCGAGAAGUAGAGGACGAAAUGAAUCGGUUAACUUCAGCUCAAGGGUUACCCCCACCAUACGUAAAGCUUUUAUUUAGAGUUCCAGAUCAAGUUGAUCGCAGAAGGUUUAAUAUACCGGCGUGUAAUGAGAAUAUCAUUUCAAGCAACAAUCUUAUUGAUGAAGUAUUUGGCAACUGCUUAGCUAAUGGAAAUUAUGAUGGGAUGAAAGACAGAGUAAUACUUGCGCCUCUUAACAAAGAUGUUGAAAAAAUUUAUGAUGACAUAUCAGAAGGACUAUGCAAUGAUGUAAGACUUAUUGUAACAUGUCUGUGCAAUCAUAUAAUAAAGGAAAAAAUUGUUAAUGGUGAACAAUCCGGCAAAGAAGUACAUAUACCAAGGAUAGCCCUUGACUCAUCAAAAGGACAACUUCGAUGCACCAUGUAG